AUGGGAGUCCAUGGUUUACUACAAUGUCUUAAAGAUAUCCAAGAUCCCGGCUCAUUAGAACGAUACCGGGGUAAAACAUUAGCUAUAGAUACAUAUGGAUGGUUACAUCGAGCGAUUGUAUCAUGCGCCGAAGAACUAUGUUUAGGUAAACCAACAAGAAACUAUAUUACUUAUGUGGUUAAUAAAAUCAAUAUGUUACGUUAUUUUGGAAUAACUCCUUAUUUUGUCUUUGAUGGUGCUGCAUUACCUACUAAACAAGAAACAAAUAAAGAACGACAGAAAAGAAGGCAAGAAGCUAAAGAAUUGGCAGAAAAAUAUCUAGCUGCAAACAACCCCCAAUUGGCAGGUAAACAAUUCAUGAAAGCAGCAUAUGUUACGUCACAAAUGGCUAAAUCUAUUAUGAGUGAAUUAGAUAUUAUGGGUAUUAAAUAUAUUGUGGCACCAUAUGAAGCUGAUCCACAAAUGGUUUAUCUAGAGAAAAUUGGUUUAGUUGAUGGGAUUUUAAGUGAGGACUCUGAUUUGUUAAUUUUUGGAUGUAAAAAAUUAAUUACUAAAUUAAAAGAUGAUGGCAGUUGUUAUGAAAUCAAUAGGGAAAAUUUUGGGAAAGUUCGUCAAAUUCCUUAUUUGAACCAGUUAUCAAAUGAUCAACUUCGAUUAGUCGCCAUGCUUUCGGGAUGUGAUUAUACCAAAGGUAUACCAGGGAUUGGUUUAACAAAAGCUUUUCAAUUAACUAGAAAGCACAACAAUCUAGAGAAGAUACUUAUUGCAUUACGUUCAACAGGGAAAUCGGCUCCACCAAAUUUUCGUGAUGAAGUCGAACUUGCAAAUUUAGCAUUUCAAUUCCAAAAAGUAUUUGAUCCACGAACUCAAGAAUUAACAACAUUAAAUGAAUAUCCAGAAGGUGUUGAGUUUGACCAAGAAACAUUGGAACGUUGUUGUGGGAGAACUUUGACUCCAGAAAUAUACAGCAAGUUAUGUAAUGGAAAGAUUCAUCCAAAUACCCAUGAAAUACUUGUCUCACGUGAACAAAGCUUGACGUUACUACAAUCCAAAUCUGUUUAUUCUCCAAAUAAUAGCAAGUCAAUUGGAGUCUCACAUCAAGGUAAUUCAUCGAGUGUUGCGCAUAGGUCCAGGUCUGAUGGAGCAUACACUAAAAUCGUGCCACCAGGGAAAUCAGUGCUUGAUUUAUUAAGAGUUUCCAAAAGACCAUUACGUCUUGAAAAUCCAAAGACUCCUGAGAAAGAUAGAAGUAUCAAGAGGGCAAAAGUGGUAUAUGGUACUCAAGAAAUAAAGAUAUCUCCAACACGAAGAAAGAUGCAAAAACUUACCGCACCAAGCCCAAAGGGACUACUCAGCAAGUUCUUCAAACCUAAAUCAUAUUUGAAUAGUGAACCAACACCAGUACUUCCAACUCCAAGUUCCGAACCUAUAUGGAAUUCUAGUUUGCUUGAAGACUCAGAGAUCCCUGAAGGUAGCUCUCCACAAAAAUCCGUAGACACAAAGAACAUACUUGCUGAACUCACAGAUAAUGACGAAGAAAAUGAAGGAUCCAUACAUUCCAGCCCAGUUAAACAAAGUGAUGGAAAUACCACUAUAUAUUCUAGUUCAGAUAAAGAAGAAGAGGAUAGCAAGUCGGUACAUUCAAGUCCUCGAAAUGACAGAUUUGAUAUUUUUUCAAAUGACGAUGAGAUUGAAGAAUCCCCAGUUAAGAAUCAAAUUCUGUCGCAUGUACAGAUUAAUUUGACAACCCUAAGAGAAAAGUUUCUGUAUCGACUGGAUAACACAACAAUUAAACUCACACGAGAUACCACUCAAUUCACUGGAUCUCCUAGAAAGAGAAGAACUCCAUUACAAAGUAAGAGUGUUAAUUUACCAUCUAUGAAAUCACCUAUUAAACUACCUCCCAAAUCAGCUAGUUUUAAACAAGUUGCUGCUAGUCCGGAACGUGAUGAUAGACUGGUGCAUAAACCACAACAAUCAUCACCAACAAAACAUAAACACAGUAUAGAUCUUAGACAAUUUGCAUAUAGAGGAUAA